CGUCUCCCUCGUCCUCUCCGUGUUGUUGUUCUCGGUGACGCGACGGAGGUGUAGCCUGACGCGGUCUCUUACGUGUCGGUCUGAAUAAAAGUGGAGCUCCGUAGACCCGGGAGUGACGAAGCGAGUCUGUGUUGGUAAGAGGAUACGCAUCCGAAGUUUGCUAAACAGAUAGAUGGCUGCCCAGAGAAGUUAUUUGCGCCUAAUAUCCGCACAAAGCCAACAAAGAGAUCAUGGCGGCGGUGUUGCAGAGGCUCUCAAAAUGAGUCAGUCUCUGCAAGGCUCGCAACACAACUGAGACAUAGAUUUUAAAUGACAAUGGAGGCUGGUGCAGACACACAGCAAAGUGGUGAAACAGUUGUCUCGGAGUCUGAGACCCAGCAGAUCACCAUUGGCCAGACAGGGUAUGAAUGUGGGUUGUCAUGGUUGCAGGCGUCCAUCGCAGCUGGCCAGGUGACAUCCAGCGGUCCCACAGUCACCCUUGUGCAGUUACCCAACGGUCAGACAGUCCAGGUGCACGGGGUGAUCCAAGCUGCUCAGCCCUCUGUCAUCCAGUCCCCACAAGUCCAGACUGUACAGAUUUCGACUGUUGCCGAGAGUGAGGACUCUCAGGAGUCUGUAGACAGUGUGACAGAUUGUCAGAAGAGGAGAGAGAUCCUGUCCAGACGGCCUUCUUACAGGAAGAUUCUGAAUGAUUUAUCGUCGGAUGCUCCAGCAGUGCCUCGAAUUGAGGAAGAAAAGUCCGAGGACGACACAGCCCCUGCCAUCACCACAGUCACCAUGCCCACUCCCAUCUACCAGACUAGCAGUGGCCAGUACAUUGCCAUUACCCAAGGUGGGGCCAUCCAGCUGGCCAAUAAUGGCACAGAUGGAGUGCAGGGCCUGCAGACACUGACCAUGGCCAACGCAGGCCAGCAAGGUGCCACCAUCCUGCAGUACGCCCAGACCAGCGACGGACAGCAGAUCCUAGUGCCCAGCAACCAAGUGGUUGUACAAGCCGCAUCAGGUGAUGUCCAGGCCUAUCAGAUACGCACAGCCCCCACCAGCGCCAUCACUCCCGGGGUUGUCAUGGCGACUUCGCCUGCACUGGGCACAGGAGGCGGCACUGAGGAAGUGACACGCAAGAGGGAGGUCCGUCUUAUGAAAAACAGGGAGGCAGCCCGCGAGUGUCGCAGGAAGAAGAAGGAGUACGUCAAGUGUCUGGAGAACCGCGUGGCUGUGCUGGAGAACCAGAACAAAACCCUCAUCGAGGAACUCAAAGCCCUCAAAGACUUGUACUGCCACAAAUCUGAGUAGACACCAAAUGCCACCAA